AUGACGGCGCAUCCAGCCGCUUCCGCGGCCGCCGCCCUCGCCCCGCUGCUUCUGACCAUCCGCUUCUCGGCCUCGAUCCCCGACCUCAACCUCGACAUCUCGUCUCCUCAGCGCACCACCGUCCUCUCGCUCAAACACCUCCUGCGCACCCGCCUCGAUUCCCGCAACCGCCUCCGCCUCAUCCACCAAGGCCGCAUCCUUCCCGACGAAUCCGCCCUCAGCGCCGUCCUCAAGCCUCUUGCUCCGCCGACCUUUUCGGACGACACCGACGAUGCGCCAGCAGCAGGCGCAGUAAGCAGGGCAAAGAACAAGGGCAAGGGCAAGGCCGUCGACGCCGCCAGGCCCGCCCCCGUCCGCAUCUACGUCAACUGCUCCAUCGGCGAUGAGCUGUCGCCCGAGGAGCUCGCCGAAGAGCAGGCCGCCGCCGAGAACCCCCCCGUCGAGCCUGCCCAAGGGCCUAGCACCAAGCCCCCGGCAUGGACCCGCCCUCGGCCGCGCGGCUUCGACCGCCUCCUCCAGGCCGGCUUCACCUCGUCCGAGAUUUCCACCCUCCGCACCCAGUUCGCCUCCAUCCAUACCGAGCGCUUCGCUCCCGACGCCAUGCCUUCUCCCGACUCGCUGCGCAGCCUCGAGGACGCGUGGAUAGACUCCAACGCUGGCGAGCUGCCCUCUGCCGCGAAUCCGCUCGAGGAAGACCUCAGCAGCAUGUCGACUGUGCUGGACAUUCUCAUUCGCGGCAUGAUGAUUGGCUUCUUCUUCCCUCUCGGCAGCUUGACGUGGCUCCUUCGCCAGGGCGUAUGGAGCGAUAAGUGGCAGAUCUUCGUAGGCUCUGGCGUGGUCUUAAGCCUCACAGUCGGCGUCGUAAUGGGGAUCUCGGGAGAGCAUUGA